ACAAAGCCAGAGAAAGAAAGGAAGGGUGUUGCCUGCAACCCACCUGAACAGCUUGAGCAAAAGAGGAGGGACCAGACACACAUUCACUCUUAAACACAAGUCGUAUCUGGGGGGGAAUAUUCAGUCGAUUUUGCACAGCACCAAGAGGGGUAGGAAGGGAACUUUUUCCUGCUAGCACAAGAAGUUUCCCUGUUGUUUGAAUUUGUGAAGACGCAGGUGGAAAACAGUUAUUUUCCCUCUUCGGUUAAUCAUUGGGCAAAAGGGAGAGAAUUAAGGAUUUUCUUUUAGAGAACUUUGCUGUUUCUGGUUGGACUCUGGGACUUUGAUUGGGAAACAACAAACUAAGAGACUGAAAUGGGAGGAUGGGCGCUGCGUCUCGCUGUGGGGAUCUACGUUCUCUUGCUCGCUGUGACAGCCAGCCAUGCUAAUGAGGUGAACCACUGUACUGCUGCCAGGGCAAAAACCUGCUCAGAAUGCAUCCGGAUUGACACAGGAUGUGCUUACUGCCCCGAUGAGCUCUUCGAGUAUGAGCGUUGUGACCUGAGGGAAAACUUACAGGCCCGUAAAUGUAGUAGUCGGAUGGUAACAAUUGAGAGCAGUAGGAAAAUUGAAGAGAAUGUGCAAAUCGAUAAGUCACUGAAGUACUCUCAGGUGGCCCCUCAGCUAAUGAGCAUGACGCUUCUCCCCGGGGAGGAGAAGGAGGUGGAGAUGGAGGUGUUUGAACCAGCCCGUGGCCCUCUGGACCUCUACAUCCUCAUGGACUUCUCCAACUCUAUGUCUGAUGAUCUGGACAACCUGAAGAGGAUGGGAGACCAGCUGGCUCAGGUUGUUGGCAAACUCUCUGACGAUUACACCAUCGGAUUUGGCAAAUUUGUAGACAAAGUCACCGAGCCUCAGACAGACAUGAGGCCGUCCAAAUUAGCAGUGCCGUGGGCCAACAGUGACCCUCCGUUUUCAUUCCGUAACGUCAUCAGUCUCACCAACAACAUAAACACCUUUAGACAGAAGCUCCAGCGAGAGCGCAUAUCUGGCAACCUGGAUGCCCCCGAAGGGGGUUUUGAUGCCAUCUUACAGACUGCUGUGUGCCAGGAACAAAUUGGCUGGAGGAAACAAAGCACCCACUUGCUGGUCUUCUCCACCGAAUCGGCAUUCCAUUAUGAGGCAGACGGUGCCAAUGUGCUUGCGGGCAUCUUGGAUCGUAACGAUGAGCAAUGCCACCUGACUCCAGAUGGAAAUUACACACAUGAUAUUCGACAAGACUACCCAUCUAUACCUACCCUAGUGCGACUUCUGGUGAAACAUAACAUCAUUCCAAUCUUCGCAGUUACUAACCACUCCUACUCUUACUAUGAGAAACUUUCUGAAUACUUCCCUAUUGCUGAGCUGGGACAGUUGCAAGAAGAUUCCUCUAACAUCUUAAACAUUUUAGAUAAAGCUUUUCAGAAUAUUCGCUCCAAGAUCAGUAUCCGUGCAGAAGACAGACCAAAAGCAGUGGAAGCCAAGAUACUCUCUCAGUCCGGCACGUUUUCUGAAACUGGCUAUUUCAAAAUCAAUCCAGGUGAAACUGGUAAAUUUAGAGUCCGUCUGAAGGCUCUUAAUCAGGUGGGAGAGCAGCAUGUGUGUAAUGCCAACCAGGCUGACCGGGCAGGAACCUUAAGAGUCAAACCAACCACCUUUAGCUCUGCCUUCAGAAUCAAUGCUGAAGUGCUCUGUCAAACAUGUGACUGCGAAAAGACCCCAGUUAAAAAUGCAGUGCGCUGUAACAGCCAUGGAGAUCUUGUCUGUGGGAAAUGCCAGUGUUAUGAUGGAUGGCUAGGACCUUUCUGUAACUGUUCAGCAGGGUCCUCCACAGACUCUGCCAUGUGCAUCGAACCUGGCAAGACCAAGCCUUGCUCGGGCAGAGGAGACUGCAUGUGUGGGACCUGUGUGUGCUAUAACCCAAACCAGUUUGAAGGUCCCUUCUGCCAGUUUGACAAAUCUCAGUGCCAGAGAUUUGGUGGAUUUCUCUGUAAUGAACGUGGAAGCUGCAGUAUGGGCAGAUGUGUUUGUACACCGGGAUGGACUGGAGAUGCCUGUGAAUGUCCCAUCAGCAACGGAUCAUGUCUUGACAGCAAAGGGGGCAUCUGUAAUGGUCGUGGUGUGUGUAAAUGCGGUCGUUGUGAGUGUGAACACUCCGGACUUCCACUGAGCCCCACUUGUGAAGCAAACUUCCAGCAACAAUUGGGCAUGUGUGAAGCCAAAAGGAGCUGCGUUCAGUGCCAGGCCUGGAACACCGGUGAGAGAAAAGGACGGAAAUGUGAUGAAUGUUUCUUUAAAAUCAUCAUGGUGGAAGAGCUCGAAGAAGAUAAAAACGUAAUAGAGACGUGCAGUUUCCGUGACGAAGAUGACGACUGCACAUACCACUACACUGUGAAUUAUCCAUUAAACAUCACAGACAAAGAACACCACGUCCUAGUAAAGAAAAAGAAAGACUGUCCACCUGCAGGUUUCCUGUGGUUGAUUCCUCUCAUUAUGUUUCUGAUGUUAUUGCUUGGUUUGCUUUUGCUCUGCUGCUGGAAAUACUGCGCCUGUUGCAAGGCAUGUCUUGCUCUUCUCCCAUGCUGUGGCAGAGGUCGUAUGGUGGGAUUCAAAGAAGAUCACUACAUGCUACGCCAGUCUUUGUUGACCUCCGAUCAUUUGGACACCCCAAUGGUGCGCACCGGCCCGCCGAAAAGCACAGACAUUGUGCGCUGGAAAGUGACAGACAAUGUUCAUCGAGGACUAAACCACCCACAGAACCAAAUCAAACCCAACCCCAAAGAGACCAUUCAGUACCCUGUCUCUCUUCGUCUGAACCGGCAAUAUUCAGAAACUCUUUCCAACCCUGAGGCUCGAGACACAGACAUGCUCAGGCGAGAAGUAGAGGACAACCUCAAUGACGUGUUCCUGCAGAUCCCUGGCUCACAGAGAGUGCAAAAGACUCGAUUCAGGACACAAAGAAAUUCUGGAAAGAGACAGAACAACACGAUUGUAGACACGGUUUUAUCUGCUCCUCGUGCCAGUUACCCAGAUAUUGUGAAACUGACAGAUAAACAGGUUCAGGCUGGAAACUUCCGGGAUCUGAAGUUAGUUCCAGGCUACUACACUGUAGCCUCAGACAGAGAAGCGGCAGGGGCUGUGGAGUUUCAGGAGGGUGUGGAGUCCGUGGAUGUCCGGGUUCCCCUCUUUAUCAAAGAUGAGGAUGAUGAAAAGAAAGAGCUGCUUGUUCAAGCUGUUGACGUUCCAGUAGGAAUUGCGAAGAUCGGCAAAGAUCAUGUCAACAUCACCGUGAUUAAGGAACAUGCUAGGAGCAUCUUCACCUUCCUGCAGCCGUCAUACACCUACAGUCGUCAGGAUGGUGUGGCGAACAUCCCGAUCAGUCGUGAGAUCAUAGAGGAUGGACGGACUCAGGUCACAUACUGCACCCGUGACCUCACUGCCAAAGACAAGAAGGACUAUAUCUCAGCUGAUGGAGACUUGAGUUAUGCACCAGGUGAAAUGCAGAAGACAGUCCCAGUGAAACUCUUGGAGCUUGGGGAGGGAGAUGGAUUGCUGGAGGACAAACAGGUCAAACAGUUUGUAAUGGAUCUGAGUAACCCACGGCAAGGUGCUAAACUGGGCCGUUACCCACGCACCACCAUCACCAUCGCAGAUAAACCAGAACCCAGUGUCGUGAUGUUUAAGAAGAGCACUCAAACUUACAAUACAUCUGACCCGCUUUACUCCAUCCCUGUGGUACGCACUCGAAACCAGGAGGGUCCGACCACUGUGUACUGGCGCACAAACAAAGCCUCACGCUUCGACCUCUCCAGUCCUCUCAAAUUUGCUCCUGGCGAGACGGAAAAGAACGUUGUCAUUGAUCCUUGUUCGUAUCCAUCUCCCAUCAUACCUGAGACCUUCCAACUGGAACUGUUUGACCCAAGCAACAAUGCAGUCAUUGGAGAGAGGAAAACCUCAGUGGUGAAUGUCAUCGAUGGUAGAGGGGAUGGGAAAAUGGAUUUCCAGAAAAUGGAACAUGUUAAUAAGUCAGCCACAUCUCCUGGAGGACGCCUCUACUCCCCAACCAACAUCAAAGCUGUUGCUACCGGCCCUAAAAACAUCCGUCUAAACUGGAACCCCAGUGCAAAUGCCAAUGGUUACAAGGUGAAGUACUGGAUUUAUGGAGACCCUGAGGCUGAUGCUCAGGUACUGGAUGUGAAGACUCCUCAAGCCGAGCUGACUAAUCUCUACCCAUACUGCGACUAUGAGAUGCGUGUAUGUGGCUACAAUGCACUCGGAGAGGGCAAUUACAGUGAUGUCAUCCAAUGCCAGACUCUAGAGGAUGUACCUGGUGAACCUGGUCGCCUGGCUUUCAAUGUCAUCAGCCCCACUGUCACUCAGGUCAGCUGGGCGGAGCCAGCAGAGACCAAUGGUGUCAUUACUUCAUAUGAGGUUAUCUACACACCCAUCGACGAGAACAAGAAGCCUGUAGGACCUUCUAAGAAGGUGAUGAUUGACAACCCCAAAAAGCGCAUGCUGCUCAUCGAGAACCUGCAGCCUUCUCAGACCUACUGUUACAAAGUGCGUGCUCGCAAUAAGGUGGGCUGGGGCCCGUACAGAGAUGCCACAAUCAACCUGGCUUCACAACCUACCAGACCCAUGUCAAUUCCCAUCAUUCCUGACAUUCCCAUUGUGGACGCAGAAGCUGGCGAUGAAUAUGAUAGCUAUCUGAUGUACAGUAAUGAAGUACUGCGAUCCCCAACGGGUAGCCAGAGGCCUAGCGUCACAGAUCUGACUGAAGAUCAGUUUGUAAAUGGAAAGUGGGACCAGAAUUUCCUGUUCCCAGGAGGAAGCGGUUCCCUUUCCCGCAACGUCAGCUCCUCCUCAUCCACGUACAGCCAUUCCACACCCCGUCCUGGUGUGACCAAUCACAGCAGCACCACAACAUACAUUUCCGGCAAAGGAGGCUCAACGACACACAGAUAUGAUCUUAGGGAUGGCGGACUUCUCAAAGAGGAAGUGAUCCUGAGGAAGCGUUCUGAGAACAGACAUUACACGGACGGUGAUGGUGUGAGGGAUUCUAUUGUCAUGGGAAACCUGUCUGGUGGAUUUUUGGACAACUUAGGGGUCUCUAGCUUCAGCCAGAGUACAACUACCAGCUACAGCUUGAGCUCCAGAGCUCGUACUCAGUCUGAAGAUAUCAACGAUGCACUGCAGAACCUGGAUAGUGUUCUUCAGGGUGAGUUGUCUUUCGUUUCCUGUAUAGGUGAAGUAAAGCGUAUUGAAGUGAACAAUCCAUCUCAGAACUCUGUGGUGGUUCAGGAUCUCCUGCCCAACCAUUCCUACAUCUUCAAAGUGAAGGCCCAGAGUCGAGAGGGCUGGGGUCCUGAGAGAGAGGGAGUCAUCACCAUUGAGUCUGCUGUCGACCCCAAGAGUCCACUGAGCCCAAUGCCAGGAUCUCCAUUCACACUCAGCACUCCCAGCGCUCCAGGACCUUUGAUCUUCACAGCUUUGAGUCCAGACACGCUGCAGCUGAGCUGGGAGAAACCUCGCAAACCCAACGGGGACAUCCUGGGCUACGUGGUUACCUGUGAACAGCUGCACAGUGGAGGAGAUCUUCGCUCCUUCCAGGUGAAUGGCAAUGCUGCAACUUCUUUGACUGUGUCUGACCUGAAAGAAAACAUGCCAUACAAAUUCAAAGUUCAAGCCCAGACCACGCAGGGCUUUGGACCGGAGCGAGAAGGCAUCAUCACCAUCGAAUCCCAAGAUGGAGGCUCCAUGUCACAGUACAGCAGUCAUUCACUCACAAAGAGAGAGGUGUUCAACCUACCAACAGAGAUUACUUCACACACCAUGUUCUCAGAACCCUUUGUGUCUCCAGACGGGAUGAUGAUGAUGUCGAGCAGGCAGAUCACAGAGUCGGGCGGCACCAUCACGCGACAGGUGGAGAUGGUGCAGAGAGGAGUGAUGUCCAGCAGCACCAUCACUAAGAAGGUGGAUAGACAGUACUACGAGGCCUAAUUUAACUUCCUUUUGCCUUCAGCUGAAAUCACAUGGCCAAAACACGCUAAAGUCAAACUAGAAAAGUUCACAGACCAAUGUGCACAACAUGUGGUGUUUAUGUGAGCAUGAGAACAGCUGAGUGCUUGGAUUCCUCGGAUUAUUGCUCCUAAAGACCAAAGUCUUCAAGCCUUGAUGUUUUGUUGAAUGUAAAGACUUUUUAGUGUUAUCUUAUCACUUCCAAACAGGUAUUUGUUGAAAAUUUUGGCAUCAAUCCAUGUUUCAUGUAGUGUUUGCGAGAAAUGUUAUUGACGCAUGUGGCGUGGGAUACAGUUCUGUUGCUCGUUUGAGCUAGAUUGCGUUCAUUUUGACGAGGUUUGAAUUUCAUGUCAGUUUCAUAUCAUGUUGUUUAUAUCAUUGAUGUUGCUUUCCAGAUGUAUCAAGUUAUUUCAGCAUGUAGGUUUUCUAUAUGUAUUUGCCAUGUCUCUUGAAUUAACUCGUCAUUUUCCUCCUAAAUCAGUUUUUUUUACAAAAUGUUGCAACACAUAAGCGCAUACACAUAUGGACUAGAUUCUUGGGACUGUAAAUGUUACUGAGGUUUGUUUUUUUUACUGCCUGGUUGCAAGAUGUGCUGUUGUAACUUCAGGCCUGUGUCUGUAUUUCAGAUGACAUCAAAUCUGCCAGGUUUGUACACUGCUGGGAAUUUGGAAAAGAUUACCAAUCUCACACCUAUGUACCCCUGAAUUGCAUUUUUACUGCAUUUAAUAAUUUGUAUGAUACUUUUGACAUGAGUUUUAUAUUAAAAUUGCAUUUCACCAUCAUAUUCAAGCCGUAGUAUGCAAAACGUCUCACUGCAUAUUAGUUCACCGCACCAAUAAAUCAUCCUACCACAGUCGA